CUCUGCUUAGUCUGACUCUGCUUUUUUCUAGUUAUCACUGGUUUGCAGUUUUGGUCCCUUGCGUUAUGGCUACUAGCUCUUCAUCGUCUCAUUCUGUUGGCCAUGCUUUGUCUUGUCCUAUCGCUCUGGUGGUUUCGGAUCUAAAACUUCUUGAUGAUGGAAGUGUCGACGUGCGUCUUACGCCAGUAUUUUGGGUUCGUUUGCAAUUUGUGAACCAGUUUCCGUUGACUAUCUUUUGCCUGUCACUGUUUCUAGUCUUGGCCACAUCAUUGACCAUUCUUCGACCUUUACUCUGGAAUAAUACGUCGAAAUUGUGCUGUCUGUGUCGUGUCGGUGGAUCGCAAGGAUGGAUUUGUUGUGUGUACAUGUCUGUAAUCAUGAUUUUCUAAUCUCAUCGUUUUCAAGCAUUCGAGGGUUGCCAGGUGUGAUUUGUCUCGUCUUAUCUUGCCUGUCCCUUUUGCAAUUGAUAUCGCUCUCAGCGGACCGAGCAUUCUCAUACUGAUGGCAUUGAACGUCUGUAAAGGCGGACUCUCGAUGCUAAACAGCAUUUUGUGAAUUAUUAUCAGCGCUCUCCUGAUGCUGUUGUUCAUGAGGACCCAGAGUUUGCGACCAUUUGAACGUCUGAAGAGCUGGAAAUUAUUAAGGAAUGACAACACAACAUGAGUCCGGAUGUUCAACGCAGAGCAUCGAGCAUUGUGCCUAUAGUAUGUGUGCCAGCGAACUCAAGCAUGUGGAUCUACGGAAGUUUCCUUUGCAUUUGCUGC